AUGCGUUUGGGUGGUUUCCGACUCACAAAAUGGAUAAGUAACAGUCGGACGGUACUCAACACGAUUCCGGAUUCCGAACGUGCACCGACGGUUGUAAGUCUCGACCCUGGGGACGUACUACCCUGUGACCGUGCAUUAGGCGUCAACUGGAAUGUUAACGACGAUACUAUUACAUUUAAAAUCAAAGUUGCAGAUAAACCCUUGACGAGACGUGGUAUACUUUCCAUAGUUAGUGCGAUAUUUGAUCCACUAGGAUUUGUAUCACCAGUAACAUUAGGCGCGAAGGCGAUUGUGCAAAACCUGUGCAGACAGAAGAUAGGCUGGGAUGAAGAAGUUCCACAGAAAGAACGCGACGAGUGGCAACGAUGGAUAGCCAACCUACCUCAUUUGGAACACUUGAGUAUUAAUCGUUGUUUCCGUCCUAGUCACUUCGGCGAAUUGAAGAACGUACAGCUGCACGUGUUUAGUGAUGGUUCUGAGACAGGCUACGGCGCAUGCGCAUACUUACGAUUGACUGAUCAACACAAUAAAAUUGCUUGCAAGCUGGCAGUUGGGAAGUCAAGAUUAGCACCGAUAAAGCAAGCAUCUAUUCCACGGUUAGAGUUAUGUGGCGCUGUUGUGGCCUGCCGUCUUUAUGCCAUGUUGUUAGUGGAACUGGACCUAAAGGUCGAUCAAACCAUCUUUUGGACGGAUUCCAUGAUACUUUUUGGAUACAUUAACAACACUACUCGAAGGUUCAAGACAUUUGUUGGUAACAGAAUAAGUUACAUUCACAAAACGACACGUCCAGAGCAGUGGCGGUAUGUAGACUCAGGUUCGAACCCGGCCGAUAUAGCUUCUAGGGGAAUUGACCCGAGUGAUAUGGAUGGCAUCAGCAUUUGGCUAAACGGACCAGAAUUCAUUCUUCACGACGAAUCGAGUUGGCCUCGAUUACCUAAUGAGCCAGAAUUAGUAUACGGCGAUUCUGAAAUCAAGAAUGAUGUUGCAGUUAACGUGACGGCUUUGAAUACAGAACAUGAUUUACAUGUAAAUAAUUUCAUCAGGCACUACUAUGAUUGGACUAGACUACGGAGAGCGGUUGCGUUGUUACUGAGGUUCAUGAAGUACUGCAGACGACAUCACCUGACUCCAGACGAACAACAAGAACAACGCGAUCUAAGUGCAUCCGAGUUACUAAACGCCUCUCAUGCCAUACUGCGACAUAUACAGAAUACCUAUUUUAAACAGGAAAUAGAAGAUAUACGUAAAGGACAGCCUGUUAAGAAGGACAGUCGAUUAGUAACGUUAAACCCCGUAUUAGUAAACGGACUCAUCCGAAUGUAUGGAAGACAGAACAACACCGAUUAUAACACGUGCCCAGUUAUCCUCCCGCACGAUGAUCACGUGACACAGCUUAUUAUCCGUUAUUUCCAUCAGAACAAUGGUCAUGUGGGAAGUAAGGAAGUCAGCAAGUACUUGCAGAAACAAGGGCAUAUUACUGGAUAUUACGUGGUCCCAGCGCUGUAA